AUGGUUGCAUGCUUAGAAUAUAAAAAUACCCCUAUGAAACUUCCAAAGGAGGUUGCCCAAGAACUUGCUGACACAGCUAAGAAACUUGUAGCACCAGGAAAGGGAAUUUUAGCCGCAGAUGAAUCAACACAAACAAUUAAGAAAAGAUUCGAUAAUAUAAAAAUCGAUAAUACCGUUGAAAAUAGAGCUAGCUAUAGAGAUUUGUUAUUUGGAACUAAAGGAUUAGGAAAAUUUAUUUCAGGAGCAAUUUUAUUUGAAGAAACUUUAUUCCAAAAGAAUGAAGCUGGUGUACCAUUAGUAAACUUAUUACAUGAUCAAAAUAUAAUACCAGGAAUUAAAGUUGACAAAGGUUUAGUUGCUAUCCCAUGUACUGAUGAUGAAAAAUCAACCCAAGGUUUAGAUGGAUUAGCAGAAAGGUGCAAAGAAUACUAUAAAGCUGGUGCAAGGUUUGCAAAAUGGAGAGCAGUUUUAGUAAUUGACCCAGCUAAAGGCAAACCAACCGAUUUAUCUAUCCAAGAAGUAUCAUGGGGAUUAGCUAGAUAUGCAGCUAUAUGCCAACAAAAUAAGCUUGUUCCAAUUGUUGAACCCGAAAUUUUGGCUGAUGGAGCCCACACAAUUGAAGUAUGCGCAGCUGUUACACAAAAAGUUUUAGCUAGCGUAUUUAAAGCUUUACAUGAUAAUGGUGUAUUAUUAGAAGGAGCUUUAUUAAAACCAAAUAUGGUAACAGCUGGAUAUGACUGCCCUGAAAAAACCAAAACCGAAGAUAUUGGUUUCUUCACAGUAAGAACUUUAAGUAGAACAGUACCACCAGCUUUACCCGGAGUUGUAUUUUUAUCAGGAGGUCAAUCAGAAGAAGAUGCAUCAGUCAAUUUAAAUUCUAUGAAUGUAUUAGGUCCCCACCCAUGGGCACUAACCUUUUCAUAUGGUAGAGCUUUACAAGCAUCUGUAUUAAGCACCUGGCAAGGAAAGAAAGAAAAUGCUGCUAAAGCACAAGAAGUUUUAUUACAAAGAGCUGAAGCAAAUUCAUUGGCAACAUACGGAAAAUAUAAGGGAGGAGCAGGAGGAAGCACUGCUGGUGCCUCAUUAUAUGAAAAGAAAUAUGUUUACUAA